UCUGGGCUGCCUUUUGGGUUUGUAAUCUCUCCAUACGUAGACUUGCAGACCCCGUUGCGAUACAGGUAUCAACCGCUGUCCGGCAUGAGCUUGUGAGAACUCUGAAUUCUUGGCACAGGUUAAAUACUCGGGACUGUUGUGUGACAACAGGUGCUGUUGUCAUCUACAGACUCCGACAUGCGUUUCAAACACCAAGUGUGACCGCUAAGCUUCUUCUCAGUUUCUGCUGCACGCCGUAACAUUAUCAUCUAUUCAUCUCUUUUCACUAUAAUCUGCUCACUGUUUUACAAAAGUUCAUGGGUAUGCAGUCAGAUGUGGUUUAGCAAGUGAGGAAUGGCCUGGGUUGAAAAGGACCACAAUGAUCAUCGAGUUUCAAUCCCCCCGCUAUGUACAGGGUUGCCAUUCUCACUAUCACCAAGGAAGAAAAGACUGCGAUGCCAAAUAUAAUUCCAGACAACCUAAAGCUUCUCUAAAGCAAACUUAACAAGAAUUUCCAUGUCAGACUUUGAAAAAAAAAAAGCGCAGUUUACUGUUGCAGAAUUUGGCCUUGUUUUUAAAAAGCUCUAUAACUAAUCUGUUAGAUGACUCUCUAUUGUAAGUGUCUGAUUACUUACAAGGCAAUUUAGCCUAACAGCUGGAUUACACACUGAAAUAAAAGUCAUGGUUAGUUAUUUUCCCUGUUUGUACUUUGGAAAUAUCACCUGACACCCCAAACAAUUUUAACAAUAGUUUAUUUAGAUGGCAGUUUUCAGCUGAGCUAAAACAUUAAUGCAGAAAGCACUGACCUUUCAGAGACUGCUUACUUUGACUGGACCCAGUGAAUAGAAUAGAAUCACUCAGUUCUCAAACACAGCCAGUUGUGUCAUCUCUUCUGGAGGAGAGGCUUCAGUUUUCAGUCCUGGUGAAAGUCACUUUUUCAGGAUACAAAAGGAAACAACACUGGAAAAAUCUGUGGCUUACCUGCACUUUGGGUUGCUUUCACAGCUACUUGGAGAAUCACUCAUUCAGUGCUAGAGCUCACUGGGCAGUAAUUCUCAAGCCACAAAGUGUAUGAAGAUAAAGCCAUUAAACCUGGGGUUAUGACAUACAGCUUAGUUGAGCUGUGAGGUCGUGCCUCAAAAACUUGAAAUAUGACUAACAACCAAGUUACUGAUGAACAGCUUUCUGCUAACGGCAAGCUUGAGUGUAGUUCAGCAUUUUCUAUGUCUUAAUCUACUAGUUUAUGAUGUGGCAACAUAAUAAAUAAAUAUAAAACUAUAAACUGAAAAGCGUCAACUUAAAAGCAGUGAUACACAUUAUCGACAAAAAAGUAUUUUAUCACUAGAAAAUGUUUAACCAUACCUGAAGUUCUGUCACUUGAUCCCCUAAACAAAUCAUGAAUUUUCAUGAAAGAUGGAUAUAAAUCAGAUUGUAAGGGUUUCACAUAGCUGUUCUGCAUGAAGCUUCUUAAUUUAUGUUAUGCAAGAGAUCAGAUUGGGUGACUGUAACUGUCUUUUCUCUGUAAAAAAAAAACAGCCAAAAAAGCCUUACUUAAUACUCUGGGUACUUAUUGAAGCACAAUAUGCUUUGGAAGAGGUGAAUGUGACUGUAUAAAUAGGGUUGUCCAAUACCCAACAUAAUUGUAUCUUCUUUCCCCCUUUUGAGUUAGGACAAUUUUCAGUGUGUUAACAGCAGCAGCAAUUAGGUCAAGCAUUUCAGAGACCAGAAGUUCUCACUUCCACCUCGGUGCUUCCCAAAGGGUGUUACAAAACCACCCCCUAGGAAGUUAAGGAUACACUGUGUGAUAUUUAUGCAUGCACGACUGCCACUGCAGCUCCUCUAGCCGAGCAGGGGGCACUGCCUGUGCUGUUCAUGAUACCUGGCACUCAGCACCAGCAAAGCUGCCCCCCUGGGUUAUCCCCAGCUGCACAGUGGCUGUGCACCUACCCAAAGGGCUGCAACAAUGGCUCUGGGCCCACUGGAGGUGGCAGGCAAGGACAGAAAGCAAAAGGUGGAAAGAGGGUAAUGUAGAGGCAAGUAAAGGCCUGAAGAUGUGGCACUAUGCUUGCUUCCUCUCCCAGCUAUCAGGGUGAUUACUGAGCCCCAGUUAACAGAUUCAGCUAAUGAAAAAUGCAUAGGUACACAAAUGGGUUUGAUGAUUCUUUCCUUAAUUGCAUGGAGAAUGAGUUGAUAAGGCAGUUAGGCUGUAACUGCUACUGAAGGAGCACCUGGGAGUGUUCUGACACAUGAAGGAACAUGUCAUGCUCUAAACAAUGCCUAAGCAGUUAAGCAAAUACAUUAAGAAGAGCUAAGAAGUAUACUUUAAGCUGUAUUUUAGUGUUUUGUUUUGUUUUUAUUCAUUUAGUAGAAUUGCUGUCAAAUUAAAUUGCAUGUAACAUUUUUCCACUGCAGAGUGAGUGAGCUGUAACACUGUCACUAGCAGGAAAUAGCUGACAGCUUUGUUCUCAUAUGACUGCAGCAUAUCAUGGACAGAGUGCUGCCCCCAUAGCAGCACGGCUGCAUCCACACGUUAUGUUCUGAGCUGCAUUCCAUGAUGUUGAGAGGAGUUGCUCACAGUGCAAAAGACACAGUUACAUUUCUGUUGGCAAGAUGUCACUGCAGUAGCCCUGCGUUGAAUUUUUUGCCCUUACGGCCUGAGGUGACAAACAGAAGCUUCUUAACCCAUUCAACGUACACAACUGAUACAAAGCCUAGAGAGGAAAACAAAAAAACCAUUGAGGACCUCCACAGACUGUCAGUUGAUAUUAAGAAAAUACGCAGAGGAAAGGAAUGGGUCCUUCUCCAGGAGGUGGCUUACGUCCCAGACAUCGCCAGAAUUCUACAAGAAAUGGGUGCAGAUGAGCCUGCUAUAGCCAGCAUCUUGGAACGCUGCCCAGAGGCCGUGCUGCGUAGUCCUGCAGAGGUGAACUCUCAAAGAGCUCUGUGGCAACUGGUAUGCCAGAAGGAAGACCAGCUGAUUAAAUUAAUAGAGCAGUUUCCAGAUUCUUUCUUCACUACUGGGUAUCACGAGAACCAGAAAGCAAAUAUUCUGUUUUUUCAGGAACUGGGACUUAAAAAUAAUAUAAUCACCAGGUUCUUGACGAGCGCACCCAAUAUCUUCCACAAUCCAGCUGAGAAAAACAAACACGUGAUAGAGACGUUACAGAGAAAUUACUUAAGCUUAGGAGGUUCUGAUGCAAAUAUGAAGAUCUGGAUACUGAAGUUACUGAGCCAAAAUCCAUUUAUUUUGUUAAGUACCUCCUCGGCAAUUCAGGAAAACUUAGAAUUUCUACAGAAGAGUGAUUUCACCGACCACGAAGUCCUACAGCUGCUGUCCAAACUUAAAGGUUUCAUUUUUCAGCUUACACCUUCCACUAUGCAGAAGAGCAUGCUUUUCUCCAAAAAUGUCUUUAAGUGCAGCGAUCAAGAAUUCAAACGACUGGUGCUGAAAUGCCCAGCCCUUCUCUACUAUUCUGUUCCAAUUCUGGAAGAAAGACUUGAGGGACUGCUGAAGGAAGGAAUUUCUAUAGCGCAGAUUAGAGAGACACCAAUGGUGCUGGAGUUGACAACACAAAUUGUUCAGUACAGGAUUAAAAAACUCUCUGCUUUGGGAUACAAUAUAAAGAGUGGAAAUCUAGAAAACUUGAAUGGUACUAAGAAAGACUUUGAAGCAAAUUAUGGUAAGAUACAAUCAAAGAAGGAGAGACCGAUGUUUAAUCCUGUUGCUCCUCUGAACAUUGAAGAUUAAUUUGAAAACUGUACUUAAAAUUAUGCAAUAGAGAAUGAUCAAAGAGAAAAGUUUUGGUUCUUUGAUAGGAGUUGAAGCAAAAAUCAUCUUAACCAGGUUGUAGCCUUACGCUGUCCUUUGUCGUGGAGCAGGCUUUAUGCACAACUUCAUUAUAAAAUUGCAGCUUUUUAAUACUGGUUAUGGGAAAGGUUGAUUAAUCCUUUACAUAAGGAUUAUUUUUUUUUCCCCCAGGGAGCAUCUUACAUAUCUUUUUGGUUCUGAUUUCCUUAUCUGCCUGGCCUCUAGCUUCUGUGGCUUUUCAGCUCCAUCUCUGCACUGUCUGUGGUAGUGCUUAGCGUAAUCUUUAUCUGAGAAAGAAAAGGAGGAUUAUUUUGCCAGUAAUAUGAAUCCACCCACUGGUCCACUGCCUUUGGAGAUGUAUAUCAAGUUCCAUUCCUUUCUGCUGCAGGAAGUGGCUACAGCUCCUGCAUCCUGAAUUGAAGAAUUGAAGCAGAUGUGACUUGUGGGUGGCAGGACCCAGCUACAGCAUAGUCCGAAAACAGGCAGAAUACAGCAUUUGUAUUUAGCAGCUGCUAUGGUAAUACCCUAGUGUGUUCAUUUACAAACCAUACCACAAAGAAACUAUAAGACAACCUCCUUGAAAUUUCCAUGACUAUAGAAACUGACUCCUUUUGCAAAAGGAUGGGGGGCAGAAGGAAAUACAUUUAUUGCUGUUACAUGGUUGUUCAUUUCUUCUUUUCUAGCAAGGCAUGGGGAGAGAAAAGGCUACAGAGUGACUUAAACGAGUCUCACAUGACUGAAAGAGAAAGGGAAAAGUCCCAUUUCUGUAUGGGUAUAACAGAACUAGAGCCUGAGCAUACUGGUGAUUUAAAGUGACCAUCAGAUUUGCAAAUAGCUGCCAUAGUUUCUAAGUAUAUGGGUGAUGGUUUCUCAUGUAUCACUGUAAUUGUUGACAAGUGCUAGCUUUUGAAAUAGUACCUGUCCUAUAGUGUUUAAAUCCUUGGGGGAUUUUUAUUUAUUUUCAUUUAUGGGCUGUGAAUAAUAAUUAAAAAAUAGUAGCAGCAUUAAAGUUCCUCUCAAUAAAAUUAGAAUCAGCAAUAUUACACGUAAAAAAUAAAGGCAGACUUGCUUAAGCAGCUGUUCUAUACAGAUUCCCCUUUAGCAUCAAGAGCUAAACCAACCACACCCCCACGCCAGGCCAUCCAAAUCCAGGGUUCCUUCUCUUGAAGAGGAGCUUUAAAACACAGAAGAACAGUGGUAUUGAAUUACUUAUCUAGAAAGUGAGCUGCAAGGUGAUGCCACACAGCGUGCCACAUUGACUACUGCAAAAUCUGGUCAAAGCCGUGACGGGAUGCCAGCAGGUCGUGGAGGUGAGCACCCUGUGGCCAGAGCACAUGUGGUGGCAGCCAGAACUCAAGUGACACCACCACCAGGCACCACAGAUGUUCACCUGCCUUACUAAGCCAUUUCUUGGCUGACUCUUCGAAACACACAGUUGAUUUAUAGGAGGGAGCAGAGACAGCCAUAUGGAAAGAUUGCAGCAGCUAGCCUUUGUCACUGUUUGACUGUCCUCCAGCACUCAGCUUUUACUGUGAUCACCAUAUUUCGAUUCAAAAGCCUCCAUCCCUCAGACACAAGGGGGCAUUUCAGCUCUUUGGAGGUAUUCAUAAUACCAUCUACUGUAAUGCUGAGCCCAAGAAACAAGCAGUCAUUCAGGAUGAAAAGAAAACUGAGACAUAAGAGAAUGUUUUCCAUAAAAAAAUUUAGCAUUUCCA